AGGUUUCACUGAGAAGAAAUGUCACAUCAUGGCUGUAGGAGAACAGUUUCUCUUAUCCUAGAGGAUAUGUUGGCAGUUUUGUAAGGAUUGUCUUGGCUUUCAUUGCCGAGGAUUGAUCCUGGAAUCAUGAACGAUGAAGAGGACUUACCCAGUGAGAUAGACACCAUCAAAGAUUUGUGUGGCCUGCAAACAAGAGACGUAACUUCUCGGCUUGAAUUCCUUGAAUUGUUAGGGAAAACACUAAAAGCGUGGACAAACAGACGACAAGAAAAUGGGGAAAAUGGGUUUGGAAACUUUUCAUCGAGCGUUUUGCCUUGUAUUUUAAGACUGUCAUUUAGAUGUCCCUUUUCGGAUAUCAGGGAGCGUUGUACAGAUUUGCUUCUCGCCGUGAAGGAAAAGGAUAUUAAGGUUCCUCGAGCAAUUUACAAGGGGCCUUCGAAGUUUAUCCCGUCUAAAAAGGUUCCUUCUAUGGACACUGAUGAUGAGCAAGUGCUUAGCUUGCUUGUAGAAUCCUUCCUGUUAAGUGGACGUGUUACAAAUGUCACUUCUCUACUUUCACUUCACCCUCAGUACCUGGAAUGCUUCCUAAAGGCUGAGUUUUCUAUGUUUAAAGGGGAAGGUCCUCUGCCUUUUAUCUGGAGAUGUUACAUUGCUAUUAUGGGAGCAAGCAGGCAUCGCUGUUGCUACUUGGUACGAUUGUAUGAGAUAGAGUUCCUGAAACAACAAGGAAAUGAGGAAUGGCUUCAUGGCCUGAACCAUGUUCCAGCCAAGCUAAGGGCUCUCUGUGAGAUCAACAAGAUCUUAGCACACCAGCCAUGGUUACUGAAAGCCAGUCACAUUGAGAACCUGCUCAAAGGACAAGACAAUUGGUCACUUUCAGAACUCGUUCAGGCUAUCGUAAUCCUAGUUCAUACCCACAGCCUGUGUAGUUUCAUAUACGGCUGUGGAAUAACACCUGAAAUAGACUUUGACAGAGGGCAUACAUACAAACCACUAUCACUCUCUGAGUCCAACAAAGCAAUGAUUGAAGGGGAUAACCUUCCUGUUAAUGGUGUGGACAAUCAGUGUAGCAUGAAAGACCUGAUGGAGAAAAUGAAGGAGGUAGAAGCAAAACAGGAUACUCUUCUGGAGACAACACAGGAGGAACUGUUUCAACAGUUUGAAAAAGUAGAAAGUGGAGAAGUUUCCACUUGUAAAGACAAAGUUUCAGUUGUCAGUGAAGCACCCCAGCCAGGUAUAGCAAGAUACCUAACAGAUGCCUCAUUUGGUUACCGUGAUUUUGCAAACAGAAUAGAAGAUGAUAUAUCAACCUUCCGAGUGCAAGAUUACUCAUGGGAAGAGCAUGGCUUUUCACUUAUCAACAGACUCUACCCUGACAUGGGUCAGAUGCUGGAUGACAAAUUUAGCUGCACAUUCAACCUGACAUAUAACACGUUGGGUAAAGUGGAAAAUGUGGACACAUCAACUUUUCGCACAGCUACUUGGAACUAUAUCCAUUUAGUUUUUGGCAUAUAUCAUGAUGAUUAUCUAUACACUGAGGUUAACAAGCUGUUGGAGAGGCCAUUUAAACAGUACAUUAAAGUGGUUGCUUGCUAUCCCGAAAAAGUUACCAUUGAUGACUACAUGGGAUUUAUGCCAGACCUGGACCAUUCAGAGAAGGUUCAUAUCAACCUUUUACUGUUGGAGUCUCGCCUUCAGGCUGAACUUCUAUAUGCGUUAAGAGCUAUAAUGAAGUAUAUGACGUGAUGCAUCACGUGACGAUAUUUGACGCGUGUACCACGUGAUGUGUAAUGUUUGGAGUCAUAGAAGUGGAAUUGAAUAGAGGAGAAUCCCUUGGUGGUUAAUCCUGAUUGUAUUUAUUAUCGUAUGUUGACAGCUUCCUUAAAUGUACAAAUCGUUGUUGUCCUAUUUUCAGUUGUGGGAUAAUAUUGGGAAAUGUACCUCCCUCGUUUCUAAAUAUUUUAAAUUAUCGUGGCUAUCACGUUAGAAUGUAGCCUUGAUUGAGAAUAUUUUUAUUUGAACGUUGAAUGAUAACGCUUCAAGUUCGAGAAACUUUAUAUUUCAGUGUUCUUUCGUUCAUGUUAUCUUUAACGAAGCUGGUGUUGUAACAUUUCCCAGACCGUGCUCGAGAACAAGAAAUUGUCUCGUCUUAACAAGAUUAUGAGCAAGAACCUUGUUGUUCUGGCUUUUUCCAUUUCAGUUGUUUAUAGAGUGGGUCACUGACACCUGAAAUGGUAGAGAUGCCUAGAUUUGUUUGACAAUGGUCUUAUGGAUGGAAAAAUCGGGAAUUGUGCCAUUCUUUGUGAAUUUCAUUUCCAGGAGAACUUAAAUUUUUCAUGACAAAAGCAGAUUAACAACAUCCCUAUCUCGUUAUUACAACUCAUAAUAGAACGUUGAUUUUGUGUAGAAUAGAAAGUAUUUUUUCAUUUAUUCAUACGAAAUGCGCAGAGUGGUUUGUGAAUGGAGACCAUCAGAAAAGUCCAAAAUUUUGAGGAAGCACAGAGAACAAAUUACAGGCUAGUGUAGAAACAGUUGAUUGACAAGAAGGGAGAGAAAAAGAUCACGUGAUGGACGAUAAUGGUUUGCGGAGUUUUAUUCGAUUGGCUCUGCUUUUUCAACCCUUUUUGAUUAGUCAGGUUACCUCAAGCGUUGUUGAGCGUAAAAUCGGAGUGAUGCAAGAAUGUUGUAAAACUGAUAUUUGGUAUGGAAAGGCAAUGAAGAUAAUUUGUUAACCAGCACUGUACUACAUACGGUGUGGAUGUCGGAUUAAUUUCGCUCGACUAAGAACCUUCAGCAAAUCACUGACUUGCGGUGAGAAGGUAUCUAGUCAUUUCCUUGUUGCCCUUCUGAACUUUUUUUUUCCUUAGUUGAUGUACUAACGAAUGAUUAUAUGUUAUUAUCUUUAUAUUAAAUAUUACCCCAUCAGAGAUCGACUUCAGCCAUUUUGAGUGGCCUUAAGGUAUAGACUGUAUUUUAAAGCGAACAUAGAGGUGGAAUAAGUUGAUCGCUUUUCUGAUGAGGUCAGGCGCCAAGUGCCCUGCAAUACCUGGUAUUUUAAAGAAAGGAAAUCAUCUUCCAACUGUCAGCAUGAUAUCAGAGCCAUAAACAAAAUUUUUUCAAGCUCUUGUCUAUCUUGAAGAAAUAAAAUCAGGUUUGUUGCUAGAUGGAGUUCGAUCUCAGCUUCGUCGAACCUGAUACGUACAUAGUUCUUUUUUUACCGGACGUUACCCCUCGGAAAUGAGUGAAAUACGGCGAUAUCAAAAAGCCGAUUUAGUCACGUCCCAAGCCUCUGUGACCCAGGUCUUGAUGCAUUUUGCCUAAUGUUUAUCAAAAAUUGUUCGAAUAAAAUGUAGCAUCUAAUUCGGCUAUCUUUCAGUCUUGAAUUGUGGCUCAUUUAUCAUCAAAAUGAUUGAAGUUCGGAAGACAUUUACUUUAUUGACAGAGAAGAGGUUAUGCGGGUCUACUUCAGAGACUAUGGAAUCCCACUAGUUUGGAGUAUGAAGCACCAAGGGGCAGGCUGUAUUUUAAUUUUUUUUAUUCUGUUAUGUAUAUUGAAAUGCGUUUAUUAAAGAUAAGACAAUUAUGUUUUAAAGUAAGACACCAAUAUCUAACUUUUUAUCACCAAGGAAGAGUGUCGUAUGAGAGUAAUCAAUACAGUGUUUAAUUUGACGACUGAGAUCGUUCAGUUUAUUUUUCUAGUUCAGUCCAUGAUUUUUAGUUGACUCCAUAUCACUCACUCUUCCAUUAUGAAAAGUCAACUUUCCCUAAGAAAAUUAUCAGGAUGUAACAUGAGAUACGUAACUGCUUCAGACGCAGUUGAAAUAUCAUUAAUGUUUCAUUGUGUAUAUUGUGCUUGUGUACAGUUCAGUAGAUUGCCGAGACGACCUAUCAAAGCCUCCAGUAGCAGACUGAACAUACUUACGUCAUUCAAAGAAAAUAUAGGACCCCUGCGGUGGCCUGCAGAGAUCGCUAGUACCAGGGUAAAUUAUGUUCUGAGAAUUCUCGUAGACUGCUUGUUGUUGGAAAUACGAAUAGUGCUAGUCUUUCUUUUCGAUUCGAGGCUAUCGAUUUUAUUUUAUGAACACUGUAAGUGUGGCGAAACAUUAAAAACUUAUUUGAAACUUG